AUGAAAAUGACAGGGAUCUUUCUUACGACCCUUUUCCUGUUCCACUUGGUCCUCAUUCCUUCCAAGGCUUUCACAUUCUCUAAUCCUUUCCAAAAUGCUUUCUUUGGACCUGAUCAAGGCCGCGAGACUGGCCUACAAAUGCCAUUUAAAAAUCCAUUUGCAGGUACUGAACAACCUCCAGAAGAAAAUCAGGGUGGAGGAGAUGAUCAACAAGAGAAGCCUGUUGGGAAGCAGCCUUUCUUUAAUGCCAAACACAAACUCAAGCAAGGUUUCUACAGAGCUACUUGCCCAAAUGCAGAGAAAAUUGUAGCUGACGCGCUUGCCGAGAUGGUUAAGACAAAUCCAAGCGCAAUCGCUAACUUCAUUCGUCUUCAAUUCCAUGACUGCUUCGUUAAUGGAUGUGAUGCCUCGGUUUUACUAGAUUUUUCACCAGCUGGGGACAAAGUGGAGAAAAAUUCAAUGUUCAACGGUUUUCUCCUGAAAGGUGCUGAUCUGAUUGAUGAUAUCAAGACAAAGCUUGAAGAAGAGUGUCCUGAAACUGUGUCAUGUGCUGAUACAUUGGCAUUUGCAACCAACGAGGCUAUGGCGCUGGCGGGUGUGCCACGUCAGCGCCCUCUUGGUGGUCGUAGGGAUGCAUUGGUUUCACUUGCUUCCGUUGCAGAAGACAAUAACCUUCCUUCGCCAAACUGGUCGGUGGAUCAGAUGAUAGAGCUGUUCAACAGGAAAGGCUUCAACGCUGAAGAAUUGGUGGUCCUACUCGGUGCACAUUCUGUCGGUUCAGCUCACUGUGAUCUUUUCAUGGAUAGGCUAUACAAUUUCAAGAACUCGCAGAAACCUGACCCGACUUUGAUUCCACCUGUGGUUGAUGAACUUAAACAGAUAUGCAAGAACCCUGGGACACCUCAGUUCAGAAACCCACCAGUGAACUUUGAUGAGACACCUACUAAACUUGAUAACCUAUUUUACAAGAAUAUGGUGGAGAAAAAGAAAUCGUUGCUCUUGAGUGAUUCAUUUUUGCUCGGUGAUCCCAGGACUGGCCCUGUUGUGAGGAAGAUGGCAGCUGAGCCUGGCUUGUUCCCAAAGAAGUUUGCUGAGGUCAUGGUUAAGUUGUGUUCUUUGAAUGUGCUCACUGGGAACGAUGGGGAGAUCAGGAAGACUUGUAGGUCCACUAAUUAA